AGGAGUAGCGGCGGCGGCGGUGGUGGUGGAGGCCAGGGUGGUGGGGGCAGCAGACGGCAGUAAUGGUGUGGGUGUCAGUGGUCGAAGUAUGAGUCGUGUCUCUUGCCUCUCUCUGGCACUACUUAAUGCCACCAGACACUCGAGACAUGGGUUUGGCAAGGGGUCACAGGCUGGUAGUUUAGUGCUGCAGAGGCCAUGGCAUAGCAGCAUAGUGUCAGGGCGAGCAUCCCGAGAGGUUACCGCGGCAUGUGCCAUCACCCACGGCAGUCUUGCCAGUGGCUGGGUUACUCGAGGGCCAGGCCAGCACCAUGGCCACGCUCAGGCCUCAUCGUCCACAAUGUUUAUAUCGCCAGCACUUCACGUGUCUUACACGACUGUGUAUGUGCCAUACUAUCGUGGUUUCCAUACAUCUUCCAAAACCUUUGAUAAGGAAUCUCAGAAGCCCUCCUCACAAGUUGAAGUGACUGUAAAGGACCUUAAAGAAAAGGCAAAAGCUGCUGGAUCGCCAGUAGCAGCAGAUAAAAAGUUAGAAAUUGUGAAAAGAAAGUCUCUAGGUCUUAGAAUAAAAGAUGAAAUUUUGCAUUAUUAUCAUGGCUUCAGAUUGUUAUUCAUUGAUACCAAAAUAUGCCUGAAGUAUGUAUGGAGGAUUGUUAAUGGUGAAAAUUUAUCCAGAAGAGAACAUCGACAGCUGGUGCGGACGACAGGUGAUCUCUUCCGUCUGUUGCCGUUCUCAGUGUUCAUCAUUAUCCCAUUCAUGGAACUCUUGUUACCUGUAGCAAUCAAGCUUUUCCCCGGAAUGCUGCCAUCCACGUUUGAGACUGCCAAUGAAAAGGAAGCCAAGAUGAAAAAGAGACUCAAAGUUAAACUAGAAAUGGCAAAAUUCUUACAACAAACUUUAGACAGCAUGUCUGUGCAGGCAAAAGGCCACCGCUCGGAGAGUGCCAAGGAAUUUGUUAUGUUUUUUGAGAAGAUUGCAAAAACUGGCGAAAGUAUUAGCAAUGAAGAAAUUCUGAAGUUCAGCAAGUUAUUUGAGGAUGAAAUUACACUUGAUUCACUCUCCCGACCACAACUGGUGGCUUUGUGCCGACUCUUGGAGAUGCAACCUUUUGGUACAAAUAAUUUUCUGAGAUUCCAACUAAGAAUGAAGUUAAGAGCGUUAGUAGCAGAUGACAAGAUUAUUGAGCACGAAGGUCUGGACUCUCUUGCGGUAUGGGAGCUACAGCAGGCAUGUCGUGCUAGAGGGAUGAGGGCAUAUGGCUUGUCUGAAGAAAGACUCCGACUGCAGUUGACUCAGUGGCUUGAACUAAGCUUGAAGGAAAAGGUUCCUCCGUCUCUUCUCCUCCUAUCACGGACACUCUACCUUCCAGAGAAUAUUCAGACCUCGGACACUCUGGCUGCUACGAUUUCAACUCUUCCAGAAGAGGUUGCCACACACACUAAAGCAGCCAUCGGGAAGCGUGAGGGUAAGAUUGACAACCUGACACGAUUAGAGGUGAUCCGAGCUGAGGAGAGGAUGAUUGCUGAGGACAAGAAAGAGUUGGAGAGAAUUCAAGAGGAGGUGAAAUUGAAAGAUCUUGCUAAGAAGAAAGUAGAGGAGGAAGCCCAUCGACAGGAAAUAGCCAUGCAGCAAGCUGUUGAGGAGACCCAACGAGAAGUUCUUCAAGCUGGGGUAGACAUGGCUCAGUUACCCCCAUCAGCCAAUAAGAUUCUCUCCGAGGGGGUGCAGGUUACUAAGGCUACAGUGUCGGUCUCGGGAGAGAUUGAACAGAAGGCUGACAUGGAGGUGCUUGUUGACCGAGCUCCCGUCCUGCAGGACAAAGCCGAGGUGCUUUCUGAAGAGUCACGAAAAGCAGCCCCGAUAGUUCCUACUGUAGAAGAACCAGCAGUGCUGACAAGCCAGGAUUUGCGAGAUGUGGAAGAAGCCAUCGAGAAUCUAGGAGUAGAAAAGCGGAAGUUAAUUAUAGAAGAAAAGGAAUUGUCCGAGUUGAAGAGUGAGCUGGCAGAUUAUCAGCAUGACAUUGAAGACUUUGAAAAAGCCCUAGUUCAGGCUGACAUUAAUAAGAAAGAGCUUCGAGAGAGUAAAGCUGCUAAACGACUUUUCGUCAGCGUAAACAAAAUGAUCAGUAAAAUAGAACCGGUUCUUGAAAAUCUGAGGAAGGAGAAGGAUUACCGCCAAAAGAUUGUGGAUGCUGGUGAGGCUAAGGUUCAAGACAAGGCUGAACUUGUGAGCUUGGAGGAAUUAACUAAACAUUUGAGUUACAUCUACCAUGCUCCAGAUACCUCAAAAGUGUCUAUGAUUAGUGACGUUUUGGCCAAGAUGGACUUUGACAAAGAUGGAGCUGUAGAAGUGGAUGAUGUUCUGCAUGUUUUGAACCUCAUGUUGGAUGAAGAAGUGGGUGUCACCCCAAAGCUGUUUGAAGAGGUUAUUGCAAUGAUGGCUAAGGAAGAUCAACUUGAGUCCGCUAAACUCAUUCAGCAGGCUCUUAGAACAACUAUAGCCGAGAACAUGGCAUUAGAUUCCUCAACUGAAUCGCAGACUCCCAAAGCAUCCUCUGUGAGUACUUUAAAAGAUUCAACUGUUAAUGAUACUAUCAAUGAAAUGCCAAAAGAAACCGAUGUUAAAAUGCAGAGUGAUAAAGACAACUCGGGGCAGUCAAGCGAGACUACAGAGACUGAGAAACAAGCAAAGCACAGCCAAUGACACACUGAGAAACAGGAGUAAUUGUUAACUGCUGGGUAGUAUGUGCAGAUGUUUAUUUUAGGGUAAUAUGAUUCCAUUUUUUAAGGGAGAUAUGAUGGAAUAACUGUACAUAUGAUCUUUAUUAUUUAUCAGAGAUGCUGCAGGAAGUUGUUUUUAUGGAUUUAGGUUGUAAAGAAGAGUUGAGAAACGCUUAAAAAAGCUUCACGAUAGUUGAAGGUAAUCCUAAAUUAUUACAUUAUUAUUAUGCAUUUGUUGUGUGGACAGCUAGCGACAGUAUUGAGCACUCUGAAUUUGAGAACAUACUGUUUGCCAGAUAUUUCAGUGUAGAUAAUUAGCACUUCUCUCAUAAAUUAUAACAUUAUUUAUUUUGUAAAAAAUGUUGCUCGCGGUAACAUUUUUCCCUGGCAUUUGUUGGAAUACACUUCUUGAACGGGUAUAUCACCUAAUUGUUUUCUCAAACUAAUUUUACCUGCAGAUAUAUAUAUAUAAGCAUAUUGUAUAUAGGGAACUAUACAUAGAAUACUACUCUUGCACUUCAUUGCAUUUUUCAUAUAAUUUCAAUUGUAUGUACUAUGGUAUAGGUUUUACUGUACUUUUUCUAAAUAAAUAUUAUUUAUUUGUGUGUAUAUGCUGUGAUUGUAGAAAGGUUUCAUUGUUAUAAUUACAUUUUCAGUAAAUUGUCUAAAUCUUUUUGACAUAUAAACCCUCAAGCAAGCAUGUAUACAUACUAUAUAUUCAUAGGGAAGCCCACAGACUAUAUAUGCAUAUGCUAAUAUUCUAAGUAGUGUUUAUGUUAACAGGAAAUUCUCAUUAUAAUGAAAUCAAAGGGUAGUGAUAAAGUUAGUUUAUAACAGUAUUUACAAAUUUAGGAAAUAUUGUACUGUAGUGCAGAAUUAUAUUUUUACCAUCUUAUUAAUUGAUAAACAAGUAAUGUAGUAUUGUAUCCAGUGAUAUCUUUAGAUAGUCCAAUAUUAACUUCCAUAAAGUAACUUGUUGGAAAACAAGUGAGCUGUUAAUAUAGGUAGUGGAAAGAAAAUUAUCAGAGUAAAUUCCAAAGAAAUGGGGUAGGUAAUAUUCUGUAAUGUUUCUCGAGCACUGUCUGUGUUUGACAAGACUUUGAUCUUGCAUUUUUUGGUCAAGCCAUUCAGUGUAUUACUUAAGCAUGCACUGUCUGUGCCCUGUGUGAGGUCAUUUGAAGUUACAGUGCUUGCUAGGGUGGAGUGAGAAAUGACAGUUUCCUGGAAAUCUAAAAAAGUGGAAUUCUUGAUUCCUGACAAAUGUGGCAAAAGUAAGAAAAAUUUUUUUUUGGGCGUUUUUCAUCAUUUUUGAGUUGGCAAUCGCUCCGAAUGAGUCCAUGGGGGUGGGGGUCAAAAUGGUCAGGAAGGUCAUAACUUAACUGCUGGUGCUAGAUUUAUGUCUCAAAAUUUGCAGAAUCCUCAUGUUUCUGUAUGUUUUAGGAGGAACUUUUUCUCUACUUGUGCAAGAAAAUGUUAUUGGAAAAAAAAGCAUUUUGGUGGGUAUUGGAGGGGGGUCGAAAUGAUAACAUUCCUGUAUGUAUUUCGACUUUGAAUCGUCAUUUAUUAAUAUUUUGGUUUAUUUAUAACAAUUUUAUAUAUAAUUUUAAUUUACCUUUGUCAUAAAUAAACCAAAAUAAUAGUAAAGAACUAAUUAUUCAAGAGUUCAAAUAUAUUAAUUUUCCCCCCAUGCCCUGUGGACACAUUUGGAGUAGUUCCUGGCCCCCCAAAAAAGGUGGCAAUCACUCAAAAUGUAUUUUUUGUUAUGUUUGGCAUAUUUGUCAGGAAAUAAGAGCUACACUUUUUUCAAUUAAAAUUUUCACUCCACACUGCUUGCCUUUCCAAAUAGAACUUUCACAGUGAGUGUCAAAUGGAAAUUGUAGAGAGAAUCUUCUUGAUUUAUACACGAAUAUAAGUCAAAUGAUGAGCUUGCUGUAGAUGUCAUAACAUUUAGAGUAAUGGUUCUAGUAUUGUGUUGGCACAUAACCUGGCAGUGCCAAGUGUAAUAAUGUGUGGUAAAACACAAGGCAGUAAAGCCAAACUGUCUUAUUCAUGUCCGAGGCAGAACAUAGUAACAGAUGCAAUUUUAAAUUAUUUGGAGAGAUUCAACAUAUUUGCUUCUCAGUUUAAUGCAUUUACAAUUUCUUCAUACCUAAGAAGAAAUGUUAAUAAAAGUGGUUUGCAAAACUAA